GGAAGUCAUCAGCGGCUGGCGACAUGGAUGACUACGAUGAUGUCGAAAUGCCCGACUUUGACGAUAUCGGUAUGCCGAAUUUCGACGUGGGCGAUUCCGACACUUCGAGUAUUGUCAGCGUCGACACGCCUGAUCUUGACUCGCUGCGCACAUACACGCCAAUCGAUCCACUAGUCUUACCACCCCUGACGCUUGUGGGGAACAAGUGGGAACUGACAGACUGGAAGGAGCACUCCUGGCGCUACACCGCACAAAAAGAGCCGACCAGUAAGACCUUCAACGUUCGCCAGAUGUACAUCACAAACUUUGACGACACAGAAGCCCCCGAUCCAGACGUCUUCCCGGCCAAAUACAAACUUGGCCCUCCGAGUCUCAGAGACGACUGGAACCCACUGCUUGACAAGUGGGGUAUGCAGGUGUUGAACAAAGCCGGCUUUAUCAACUACACGCCCCCCAGUUCCGAGAAAUACAUGGAUCCGAUCGGACAUGGCGCAGAGGAGAGAAACCCGGGCGACACCGAAGCCGAGCGUAUACACCCAGUGCUGCAGCAAGACAUGUGGCGGAACGUUAGCGACGACGACUUCGAAUUACUCAAACCUGCGCUGCUUCUCGCGACUGCUAUCCUCGAUGAGCCAGAGACCAUCGCACUUCUGCGUUGUAUCACGAACGACACGGCUACAUUGCCUCAUUUCGAGGAUCCGAAGCAUGGAUCGUGUAAGCUCGUAAUACCCGUUACGCCGACAGACCCUGAAGACAUGGACGUAGCAUUUGAGAGGAUGCUGCAGAUGCGGCAGUGGAUGAGUUGGCAAUUUAGAAGUGUAGAGGAAUUUAAAACGUAUGAAGCCAUGGGCUUGACAAUGUAUCGCUACGGUGUGGACGGCGAAGCCUUGGAGGCAGCCAGAGAAAAUACAUCACAAUCCGAAAUCCACCCCAGUCAAGCCUUCCUGGACGCCUUUUGCACCUUUGAUGCCGACGUGUCGAAUGACACAGACGUCCUCCAGGAUCGCCUUAUCAUGCCCCUCGACAUCGCCUCCGUCCCUAACUCCCGCCGUCUCCGCUCUCUUGACUCCGCAUCAGUAAUGGACCGCACAAAUUUCUACUUCGCCCAAACCCUCAUCCACGAAUUCGCCCACGCCUUUUCCCGCGCCUACUCCCAAACCCUGGCCUUCGAAUCCGAGCCCGCCGAGCCCUGGCUCCAAGGAAACACAUGCAACGAGCUAGGCUAUGCAGUCAUAAAUCACAUAUUUGGAGGCUGUCCAGAGCCUACGAGAAUUCUAUCGACGUCACUACCAGGAUAUGAGCAUUUAAUGCAGCUUGCGUGUCCGCCGCUAGGAAUGCACUUUAACAGGAAGUGGGAUUUGUGGUGGGAUAAUGCCGAGGAUGGGGAAAUCAGGGUAAAGUCGGAAAAGGUGGAUCCUAAAGCUACCCAGAGGGUUUAUCCGGUGCCGCAGAGGUAUGUGCAUGAUAUGGGUGUGGAGGAGACUUGGAAGAAUCAGGUGCCAAGGUUCGGAUUGAGGGCUUUGCACCUGCCUAAGUGUGAUGAUUGGGCUGUUGAUCUGCCUUAGUGUAAAGAUUAGGCUGCUCAUCUGCAGCCUGCAUCUGAAGGCUGUUGGAGAACUGGUGAUGACAGGUGGGCGUAGGCACUUUCGAAGGAGGGGACGUGUCCCUCGGUGUAGAUUGGUGGAAUGACUUUGGCUAGCGGAUCUGAAUCUUCACCUUCCACUCUCGAAC